AAUGUUUGUAAGAAAUGCUAAACGUGUCACCAAUUACCAGUGUCACAGAACUAUAUAGUUUAUAGAUUAAUAUAGAAUAAGGCUCGAUGAGCCAAUGUUUCCUUGUCGGUAUAUCAUUUCCUCUUGGCGCGCGCACACACACACAAAAGAAACAAAUCUGAGUACUGAGAAACACUUCAUCAUUAGAGCAGCGUAGAGAAGCACGAUGUCUCGUCUCCUGGCUCUGGUAGCUCUGGUGUCCCUGGUCCUUCCAGUCACUAUUUCAGCAGGAUGUACGCAGACUGUUGCAGAGGGGACUGAUAAAUACGAGCUAUUCCUGCUUGAGGAAACGGCUCCAGUCACGUUUGAAAUAGAAUGGAAACACAAUUCACAACUUGUAUUCAAAAGAAAAUCCAAAAAAAUCAAUCCAGGCAAGCCGGAGGACAUCACCGAACAAGGAGCUCUGGUGCUCAGACAGCUGGCAGCCAAACAUGUAGGAACGUACGUGGGAGAGGUGUGGGGGAACGAGGGGGAAAGUGUGAAAAAGCAGGAGAUUGAUCUGUGUGUGAAAGCCAGAGUCCCCAAACCUUCUGUGACGUUUGAUUGUCCCACAAAGGACACAGUCACCAUCAGCUGCAACCUGAAGCAGUCAGACGUGACCUUCACAUGGACAAAAAACAAAGUUGUCAUGAAGGGGGAAAAGACAUCGACUCUGGUAAUGAAAAUAAAAGAUCUGAAAAGGGACGACACGUUUAGCUGCACCGUUGAUGACACGUACAGCAACGAGACUAGCGACAGCGUCAAGUCUACCUGUGAAGGUAUCCAAGCCAGAGUCCCCAAACCUACUGUGACGUUUGAUUGUGCCACAAAGGACACAGUCACCAUCAGCUGCAACCUGAAGCAGUCAGACGUGACCUUCACAUGGACAAAAAACAAAGUUAUCAUGAAGGGGGAAAAGACAUCGACUCUGGUAAUGAAAAUAAAAGAUCUGAAAAGGGACGACACGUUUAGCUGCACCGUCGAUGACACGUACAGCAACGAGACUAGCGACAGCGUCAAGUCUACCUGUGAAGGUAUCCAAGGUGGCAGCGAGGUGGCAGCUGGAACUCUGCUUGGGUUUCCUUUCUGGGUGACGGUGAGCGUCCUGGCCGGCGGCGGAGGAUUCGUCCUGCUGCUCAUCGUCAUCACUGUUGUCUGCUGCUACCGCAACCACUGCAAGAGCCAUGAGGACGAGGCUGAAUUCAGGCUGGCUCCCAGUUCUGCUGGCCACUGAUGAGGAGGAGAGGGAGACUGAAAGCCACAGAGCAGCUCCAGCCAACACCCCCACCCCUCCAGCCAAUACCCCCUCCUCUGACCACCUCCACCCCUCCUCUGACCACCUCCACCCCUCCACAGAACACCUCCAUGCGCGAGAGGAACUGUAAACUGGCCUCUCGUCUAGUCUUUUCCUCCAUGAGGACAGCAGGGAGGAGAGGAGACAGGCUAAGAUCAGGAGACCCACUUCUGCUGGUCACUGAUGAGGAGCAGAGGGAGACUGAAAGUAUUUAGAUGAGAAGCACAGAGGUCGGGCAGCACCUCUGGUACUCGCAGACUUCAGACUACUUCAGAUUAGAGUUGUCAUCUGAGCCUGUUUUAGAAAUGAGUUGUUUGCUUUGAUUGAAAGUAUUUUAACUAUUGCUCUGCUGACAGUAGGCGAUAUUUUAAUGUGUUUUUACACUUUGAUCAGCGUUCUGGACCCUCCGAAAGUUUGUUGAGGAUGUGGGAGAAAGAAACAAGUUAAUUUCCUUUAACGCCUUUUCAAGAAACGCUCCAUGGUUGUUGUUUAGCACAAGAUUCAAUAAAAAGAUAGUCAUUCAGUUAUACAUCGUA